AAUGAAGAAAGCAUUCUACUUAUUUGCAAAUACAGUUACAUUGUUGAAGUACGCAUUCCAAGACUUUAUGAAUUUCAAGGGAAAAUUACUUUCCGAGAGACGUAUUUUAUUGAAAGCAGAGAGGCACAAGUUCAUAAAUUAAAUGGAUUAAGGAAAUAUCAUGAGUUAGGUGACAGAAUAUACGACAGUGACUGUGAAGAAAAGCCUGACUUAAAUGAAGCUGGAAAACAAGUAUUAGUAAAACUGAAGUAUGCUGCAAAGAAAGAGGCUAGAGAGAAUUUGGAAAAGGAAUUAGGUUUCUUUGGUCCCCUCAGCCCACCAAAAAUUCUUUGUUGUUUGAUGUCAGCUUAUUCAGAUCGUAUUUGGCUCUCACUGGGAAAAGAAGAUUUUGGAUAUCUUUUUGAAUUUGCUUUUCCAGGAAAAUUGAGUGAGGAACCUCUCGAAAUGAUUCCUGUUAGCGCUCUUGAAAUACUGACGGCUGAAAGAAUGAAUGUACUAUGUUUAAAUUACAGUCCAUGUGGAAAAUUUUUGUUUAUGGGUUUAGAAAAUGGAUGUCUUAAUGUUUGUCGACUGGAGAAUUCACAUAUUCCAUCCUCUGGAUAUGACUUUGCUAAAUAUCAAGUUCAUGAUGCUGAUUAUGGUUCCAUCAAACAUUUAAAAGUAUCUAAUGAUGGCAGCAUAAUUGUUACAGUGGGGGAGGAUGGAAACAUUUUUGUGUUUAAUUUCUGCCUGUUUAAAUACAAAGAAGUUACUGACUAUGGAGAAAUGCCACUGUUUACAUAUGCUGAAGGUAUUGGAGAUAUUGAUGGGAAUGAAAUCCUUUCUUGUGAAGAAGAAUUAGUAAAGAACUUAAAUGGAAAAUAUAGUAUUAUGAAACAGCGAAAUAUAUCUAUAAUGGAAGAUCUAAAGAAUGAAUAUUUACUCUUUAAAGAACAAUAUAUGGCAUAUUGUAAUGCAUGUCAAGUAUCAAUUAAGCGAGUACAUCAUAUUCCAUUAGAAUUGCAAUUUCUCAUUCCUCCUUUCCCUGUGACAGUUGAGAAGUUUGCUAAAGAAACCAGUUCAUGUCUUAAUGCUUUAGAUUUGGAAUGUGAGAAAAAUAUUGUGAAAGCCUCAUUACUUGAAGAAAAAUAUUUCCAAAUUUUUAAAAAUAGAAUUGAAUUUCAAAAAUCAUCUAUUAAAAGUGGAGAGAAAAUUAUUUGGAACUUUCGAAGAUGCAGUAUGCCUUUAGAAUUUCUCAGUAUUUUGUCACAAGUGCAUUCUAAGGUGUUUGAAUUAAGAAGUGAGAAGAAAGAUGUGCCAUUAGAAAAACCGAGGGAUAAGAAGAAAAGUGAGACACUUUUGAACCUGGAAAAUCAGUUACUUGCAACAUGUAAAUCAUUAAUUGAGUAUCCUGUAGACAGUCCAGUAUCGGAAGUAAUUUUUAAGUAUAAUAAGAGGAAAGAAAAUUAUAUUAAAAUUUUAGAAGAGCAUAUUGCUGCUUACGAAGCAUUUGAAAACAUAUCUGUGGAAGAAUCCCAAUAUACUCAAACAAUAGCAGAAAUAGAGUCUUCUUAUUUCAAGUUCAAGGAUAGUGAAGUUUCGCAUGAAACAUAUUCUAAAAUGUGUACUUUCACAGAAAAGAAGGAAAAAGUGGUGUCAUUUAUGAAAAAGGUUUACAGAAAGUGUGAAGAAUUCAACUUAAAUCUGAAUUCUGCUUUUCUAAAUGAAAUAGAAAGUGAUCCUGAGACAACUGAAGGUUAUUUUUGCAUUGGCAAAGAAUAUGCUAAAUAUUUGGAUUAUAAGGAUGUGCACAUUUGCAGAAUUAAAAAUGAAAACAAAGGAAAUACUGCUGUUAAAAAGAUUUAUUGGUCAAGUAUUAAAUAUAGCCAUCAUCAGAUGAAAUAUACUAAAAAUAAAGUUAUCAGGAAAUGUGAGUCAGAUUUAUCAGUAACAAGAUGUACUACACAGAAUGAAAACAGUCAAGUGGAUUUUAGAAGUAACUUGCAUGCUAUUAUGUAUAUUAUCAAGCCUAAGAUAAAUUGUGAAAAAAAGUUUGGUGAUAUUAGAUUUUGCUUGGAGUGUAUUGAAUUGAACAAUAUUAAGUACACUUUAGCAAAAGAAAGAAAGUGGUUGAAAGUAACAGAAGAAUUAGAAAAACUUCUGAGUGCAGAAAAUAAAGAUCUUGCUGUUAUUGAAGAUGAAAUUCUCAUAUUAAGGAAACAUCGGCAAAAUGAAAAGAAAAACUGGAUAAAUUUGUAUGAUGAUCUUAUUAAACUGAUAGGGAGAAAGCACAAGCAUAAAGGUUAUUAUAAGAAAGUUUUCAAGAAAAAAAUUAGACCUAUGACUGACAAAGAACCCAAUCGGCGCCAUACAAGUAGUGAAAGCUCUGGAAGUGAACAGAACAUCGAAAGUGAAGAUGAUUUUCAAGCGGUUGACAAAAAUGAUAUUGAUCAAGAGUUGCUGAGAAAAGUAACAUGCCUCCGAGUAGAAAGACAAGAAAUUGAGAAUAGAAUGAAAGAAUAUAAACGUAAAAUCAAAUCUGCUACUUUGAAACAGAAUAUUUCAGUCAGAAAAAUUCAGAAAAUCAAUGAUGCUUUUACUGCUGCUUUAAAUGAACUAAACUCUGUUCUGACUGAGAGGAUGCUUAUUCAGCAGCAUAUCAAGAGACCUCUUGUUUUAUAUCCUGAUAAUGUUCACUCAGAUUAUAUUGAUGAACCAGAUGAAAAUGUAGAUCAACAAAAGAGGCUUGUAGCCCAAGACAUGUCAAAAACUUACAAGAUUGUUUCAAAGCAAAUUGAUGUAACUAAUAAAUAUGUCGAACUCUCACUGCUAACACUAAUGAAUAUAAUAGUUUCUCUAGAGGUACAGGAUUUAAUAGAUAUUGCAUUUGUUUUCUUUCCCAUUUUGGAAUCUGUAUCAAUUUCAACGGAUACAUAUUUUGAAAGCCUUGUAAAGUAUGAUUCCUGUGAGAAAUUAAGUGAUAAAGAAGAAAAACUUGAAAAAAAGAAGCCGAACUUUAUUUCUCAUAUUCUAUCAACUCUAAAAGAACCAAGAACUGAUGCAAAAUUAAAAUUAGAGAUUGAGAAAGAAGAUUUGCCUUUCAUUAAAGAAAGUAAGCCAUGUAAAUUGGUAUCUCAUGACAUUCUGGAAACUAAGGCAAUUAAUAAAAUUGAUCUGGAUUAUUUUAAUACUGAUCUUGGUAUUACUAUGAAAGAUUAUUGCUUUGAACCUCUCAGCUCAUGGCGGGAAGUGUGUGAUGAUGCUGAAUUUUUGGGCUUGCUUGAUAAAUGUUCCUUAGAUUCUGUUGAUACUGACAAAAUAAUUUCUACUGCAACAAUGCGUUUGGAUUGCUCUGAUAUAUUGCAUGGUAAUUGCUCCACUACUCCAGAUUAUUACAUGUGUCCAUUAAAUUAUAGCUGGGAGAAAGAAAAUGAAAUUGAAAGUAAUGUAUCCAACACACAUCAUGAUGUUCAAGAGAUGCUUAUUGAAACUGAUAUUGCUGAAGUCUUGGAUAACCUGCUGGAAAAAGUUACUGAUAUAGAAGAAUCUUUGGUGAAAGAAGGCUAUGAUGAGCUUUCAAAUCUAGAUUUUCCAACUUUUACAGGGGGUGGUCUUAUUUUGACAUUACCUGUACUUAAGGAUAUGGAAAGAGAUGAUCCUGAUUCCUUUCCUUACUCAAAUUACUAUAAAAAAAUUGAAGAGUAUGAAGAGCUUUUACCAAAACCAGUUUAUGUGCAUAUUAUUCCUCCCAGAGAGUAUGAAAUAGAACCAGUACAUGACUUAAAGCUGAAACCUUUUAUUGAUUUUAUUGCUGUAAGAAAAGAUGACAUCUCUAAACUAUUGUUUAUAUUUUGUGAUUUAAAAUCAUCAACAAAUCAAAGAAAAUUUGAACUGAGGCUAUGUCUUAAGAAGGUAAUGGAAACUAAAAACAUGUUAAUUGCAAAGCAGCAAGAAAUGGUCAGUGUGGAACGUGAUCUGAAAAGGGAAAUGAUGAGCAAGUUUGGUCGUACCAUUGAUUUAAAUACUCUUCAAGACUCUAUCGAAAAUCCUCAUUAUAUAAUUAAAAAACACGAAAUGGAGUUGGCUUUAAAUUCUUUAAAAAAUGAGUUGAAUAGAGUAAAGGCUUCAGAAAUGUCUGCUAUAAAAUCAUUAGAUAAACUGUGUUUUGAAGAUACAAAAGUCUGUUAUGAGUUACUAGAAUUAAGAGAAGAUUUCAAGUUGCUAAACAAAAGUUACACGUCUAAAUGGGAGGUCCUUCCAAAAACUGCUGCUACAGAUAAAACAAAAAAAGAAGAGAAAGAAUGAUUGCAAAUUUUGUUAUUGCAGUUAUAAAUUUUAUUACUGCAUUGAAAUUCCUUUAAUUUAAGGUUUUUUUUUUUUUUUUUUUUUUUUUUUUUUUUUUUUAUUCCAUAUACUAACAUUCCUAUGUAGUAACAGAAUACUUUAUUAACUAAAUUAAAAUUUAAAGAACCAUUAAUUCUGUAUCAUGCAUUAUUGUACAUGUCAGCUGUGUUGGGAUUUUUUAUCAUAUAAAAUUCAAGAAGUUAAGCAAAAUUAGUUUUUUCAUUUCCACAUUGAAAGUAUUUCUUCAGAAUUUUUGUAUAAUCCUUUAGUCAACGGGAACCCAGCAACAUAUUUAGUACAGUAUGUAUUGUGCUACAGUACAGCUAAUGAGUUGAAAGUAAAUUAAAUUCUUAAAAUUCUUAAAAUGGAAUGCAAAAAUUAUAUAUUACUACCUUAUUUAAGAAGAAGUUAAAAAGGGUCCCCUAGGAGGCCAAAGCGGCUGAAAAUCGAAAGGGCUUUGAGGUGUACCAAAUAAUAAAAUUGUUUAACGGCUUUUCAUCCUGAACAAAAUGAUAUAUUACAACCUAUAUUUACAAAAAAAAUUAAAAAGGGGCCCUUAUGCCACCCAAUCAAAAGUGUGUGGGGUUGUGAUUCUUGGUAUCAUUACAGGAAGUAUGCUCUUUUUUAUAUAUUAUCUGGAGCAUUCAGCGGAGUCUUAGUGUUUCAUUUUUCAAUUUUUUUUCCCCCAGCUGAUUUUACACCUCUUUCUAACAUUAUAGUACUUCAGUUACAGCAUUAUAUGAUUUAUGCAUGUAGUGUUAUAUCUGCUAAAUUUUUUCAUAAAAUAAUAAUAUUGAAUUUAAAUUGCUUUCAAAGGCCUUUAACCAUUAUUUUACAUAAGUUUGUUCAUCUGGGUGGCAUCAUCAAAGUGCCUAAAAACAUAAAUUUCUUUUUUUUUUUAAUUUUGAAUUUCUAGCAAAAUUUUAGAAGUUUUUGACUUGGGCUCACAUAACUAUAUUCAAGCACCCAUUUCUAUAAAUGCACAUCAAAAGUAUGCAAAAAUAGAUUUAAAAACAAAAAUUAACAAUUGGUAGCUACCUGGAAACAAACUGUUUUAGAGGGGCAGUGGUAUAAAAUAUAAACCGGCUCUCAAAAUUCAGGAUUCCACUUUAGACUUUCAAUUUGUGUUCUUAAGGCCCUUAAGUUACAAUUGAUGCAAAGUUUUACCACAAUAUAAAUUCUUUUUUAUACUACCCCUGAAAGGGUUAAAGCAUUUUAUGACUGUAUUAUCUCAUUAUCACAAAUGAGCUAAAUGCAAUAUUUAAUACAAGUAUUAGGAUCGAAAUCUGCAUGUGCACAUUAUGUGCUAGAUAUAAAAAUGGUAUAUUUAAAAAUGAGAAAAAAGAAGAACAUACAAAAAUUAGAUUUCUACAUGUACCUGUUUAUUUCAGAGAAAUAACAUACCUUAUAAGCUUAACACAUUGACUGCUUAUCACACGCUUGCGCGUGGCGUGGCGCUAUCGCUGAAAAGCCAAUCACGCGCCAGCGCGUGAUGUGGGGUGAUGUCUCAGUAGCCAGUCACGCGCUGGCGCGGGAAAAUCCACUUCUGAUUAUUCAUUCUCUAGUUCAUUUGGCAUUGCUUUCAGGGUAUUUCUGCUGGUAUUGGCAUGUAGUUAUGAUUAGAAACUAUCUGUAAAUAAUCGUGGUUUCGAAUUUAAUAUUUAAUUUUUGAUUGAAAAAAUAAUCUUGUGAUAUGAGUUAUACAGAUGAUAAUUGUGCAGGGCCUUUGCGCCCCAAAAAAAGAAAAGUUCAAAAUAAUAAGAAUUUAACGGAUGAUGAAAUUGCAAAUUUGUUGGCUGAGCUAUCGGACGAGUACCCGAGUGAUUAUAGUUACGACGGCUACGACAGUGACAGUGACGAAAAAUUCAUUCCUCCCAAUGAUGCCCAUGAUAUUUCGGAUUCUGAAGAUGAAGAUGAUGAACAAAUCGUUCAAGGUGCAAC